GUCACGAUUCACCGGCGCAGGCGCUUUCGGAAAAACCCGUUUCUUCUUCAAUAUGUAGCAACUGCGCCGCUAGAAAGUGAGCUCACAAACCGCAACUUUGAAACCUAGUAAAGGGUCAUUUAUCCGCCUGACAUUUAGGGACAGUGUACAUUUAUUCUCCUUCAUAUAUGCGAGGAGGGAUUAACGGACCGGGGACGGUUUCAGCGCCGGUGACCAUCAGUCGUGUGCGGAGGAUACGACGCGGAGUGAAACAGGACUGGAGCACAUUCCGAGUGUUUGGCCUUCUUGCCUUUACGUGCAGUAGGAAGUUUGGUGCCUUUUGUGGGCUGUGCAUGUUUCUUCCUCGCCAGUGAUUCCUUAUGCUUGAAAGAAGCUGCACCCUGUGUCUUACAGGAUGGAUGGUGUGGACCUAAAGAGACUUGUGUAUCAACCUCAACACUCUGUGUUCUGCUGUGGUGUUCUCUCUUUUACCAAUUACAAGAGAACACCUCCCAUCCAGCACCUCCAAUCUCUGCAGUAUAUAUAUAAAGACCGUCUUUGAUUAUUAAAAAAGAUAGCUGGAGAUAGAAGUUGUAAGACUUUCUAUCUUUUUUUCCUUUCUUUUUAAAGCACAGAUCAAUACUGCUAACAUAAGCCUAUAUGGCCGACAUGGAAGUCUCCUUAUUUUAAUUUUUUUCAGUUAGUGUACCCCCUUACGCUUUGUGUGGGUGGUGGGAUGUCGGAAAAGCCAGACGACAAAAUGGUGAAGUACCUGGCUCCCCCUCAGAAGAGUGGAAAUGGCCCCAGUUCAGAUUCGAUGGUGAGUGAGUGCCGGCCGACAGAAGUUCGACGUCGGCAUCACACCAUGGAGCGUGAUCGAUGUAACCCUGAACACCGUUUCUUGCGCCGCAGUGUCAUCAGUGAUUCUAAUGCCACAGCAUUGGCCCUCCCUUUACCCAGCAAGAUCCCCAUACCUGCACCUCAACGGGUUCAGCAACGAGAAGCCGUCCCCCAGCGGCAACUGGUGGCUCCUGCUGCUCGUUUGCCGCGGGCUGAACCAAGUUUAGCUCAAGAUCAAGAGUCUGCUGAAAGUGGAAAAGGAGGAGAACAAGGAAAAGAAAUAACCAAGGUGGAUGUAGUGCCUUCAGAGCAGGAGCCUGCCAUUGUACAAGAUACCGCUGAUGGAGAGGUGGUUAUAGCAGCAUUCUCCACACCAGGCUUAGGAACAGAAUUGCCAAGUCAAACAGAACCUGAAAGCACCACUGAAGUGAAGGUACAUCAUGAAGAAGAGGGGGAAGAAGAGGAUAAGGAGACUGCCAAGGCACGAGCAGAGGCAGAGCAGAGAGAAGCUGAGAAAAAAGUGCAGGAUGACAUUGAAGAGGCAGAAACCAAAGCAGUGGGAACAUCACCAGAUGGGCGUUUCCUAAAGUUCGAUAUAGAAAUUGGACGUGGCUCCUUCAAGACUGUCUACAAAGGCCUGGACACGGAGACCACCGUUGAGGUGGCUUGGUGUGAGCUGCAGGAUCGUAAGCUGUCAAAAACAGAGCGGCAGCGCUUUAAGGAGGAAGCAGGGAUGUUAAAGGGACUACAGCAUCCCAACAUUGUCCGCUUUUACGACUCCUGGGAGGGACCCUCCAAAGGCAGGAAGUGCAUUGUUCUGGUCACUGAACUCAUGACUUCUGGCACACUCAAAACAUAUCUGAAACGGUUCAAGGUGAUGAAAAUUAAAGUGCUGCGAAGCUGGUGUAGACAAAUCCUCAAAGGGCUCCACUUCCUUCAUACUCGGGCUCCCCCCAUCAUCCACAGGGACCUUAAGUGCGACAAUAUUUUCAUCACAGGCCCGACAGGAUCCGUCAAGAUUGGAGACUUGGGACUGGCCACACUGAAGCGAGCAUCAUUUGCCAAGAGUGUUAUAGGUACCCCUGAGUUCAUGGCGCCUGAGAUGUAUGAGGAGAAGUACGACGAGUCAGUGGAUGUGUAUGCCUUUGGAAUGUGCAUGCUGGAGAUGGCCACCUCAGAGUACCCUUACUCAGAGUGCCAGAAUGCUGCACAGAUCUACCGCAGAGUUACCAGCGGGGUGAAGCCGGCCAGCUUCGACAAGGUUGCCAUUCCUGAAGUGAAGGAGAUCAUCGAGGGAUGUAUUCGCCAGAACAAGGACGAAAGGUACUCGAUCAAGGACCUCCUGAACCAUGCCUUCUUCCAGGAGGACACAGGGCUGCGUGUGGAGUUGGCAGAAGAAGACGAUGGAGAGAUGGAGGCUAUUAAGCUGUGGCUGCGAAUUGAGGAUGUCAAGAAACUCAAGGGAAAGUACAAAGACAACGAAGCUAUUGAGUUUUCUUUUGACCUCAACAAAGACGUCCCAGAGGACGUGGCUCAGGAAAUGGUUGAGUCUGGUUAUGUGUGCGAUGGUGACCACAAGACCAUUGCAAAGGCCAUAAAGGACAGGGUGUCUUUAAUCAGUCGCAAGAGAGCACAGAGGCAGCAGGUGCGAGAAGAUCAAGAGAAGAGAAGGCUAGAAGAAGAACAGCAGAGUCAGUUACCUCCAGCACAGCAACCAUGCCAACCGCCAAGCAUGGAGGUGCCUCAGUCCCACCCAGUGACGCAGCCUGCUCCGUAUGUCCCUCCACAACCAAGCCAACACGGCACACAAAUGUCUGCCCAACCUGCAUCCCAGCAGAGCUCUAUCUAUAACACUCCUCAGUCAACCCAACUGGCCGGCAUGGCACAAGGCAAUCCUUACAUCCCUCAGUCAACUGGGCAAGUCCCAGUUCCAGUUCAGGGUCAGAGUGUGGCCAUCAUCCAGCCAGAGUCAGAGGAGCCUGAGAUCGACCAGCACCAACAACUACAGCACUCUGGAGGAGCCAAUCUCAUGGGAGACACCAUCCGUCCUGAGGUCCAGCCUCCUCAGUCUGGAAUAUCCUACAGCUCCCCUCCCAGUCAGCACCUUCAGCCCCAGGUUUCACUACCACAGACACAAAAUGACCAAACGCAACAGCAGCAGAUGUCAGUGGUUCAACCCCAGAUGCAAGGUGUCCAGCCUGAAGUUGUUUCUAUUCUGCCGGGCAGCCAGUCUGUUCCAGGGGCACCUCCACAGUACGGAGUUUACUACCAACCAACGCUUCCCCCUCAGAUUCCUACCCAGCAAGUGAUGAUACCCUCAUCUCUGCAAUCGUCUUCCCCCCAACAGCAACAGCAACAGCCAGAGAGCAGCUCUACUCCUCAGAGCGCCACUCUUCAACAGGCGCAGACCGGAGCUCAGCAGCUACAGGCCCCUGUGAGUUUUCCUCAGUCAGCUCCAACUGAGCCGCCAGGAUCAUCUGUGCUGGUGCCACCAUCUGUAGAAGGCUGCCUGUCGGAUGCAGCUUCAGGUCUUAGUGACGGCAAUGAUGGAAGCUCUACAUCAGGAGGUCGCCAUGAGGGGCGUUCAAUGAAACGUCACCAGCGGAGAUCUGUACGCAGCCGCUCCCGCCACGAGAAGACUGCUAAGGCCAAGCUCAACGUUCUCAGUAUCUCUAAUGUGGGAGACAGAGUAGCAGAAUGCCAGCUGGAAACUCAUAACAGGAAGAUGGUGACCUUCAAAUUUGACCUCGAUGGUGAUAAUCCAGAGGAGAUUGCACAGAUCAUGGUUGAAAGUGAAUUCAUCUUGGAAAGUGAGCGGGAGUCCUUCGUUGAUCAGGUCCGUGAAGUCAUAGAAAUGGCUGAUGAGAAAGGAGAGGGCAUGAAGGAAGGCUUUCCUCAGAUGAGUGAUCACCAACAAAAGCCUGAGCUGUCUGUUCCCAUGCUGCCAGGAAUUUCCCCCAGCACUACAGCGCAGGUGGUGCAUUCAGCAGGACGAAGGUUCAUAGUCAGCCCAGUGCCAGAGUCUCGUCUUAAAGACCAGUUUUUUGGUGGUUCUUCUACCAAUACCUCCUUUGGAGAUGAGCCAGCUCCUUUUCUGCCACUAGGCCUUUCUCUGUCUGCCCCAUCUGGGACUCUUCAGCAGGCUUUCAGUAAAAUGAAGCAUGCGCGUAUAGAGAGAUGCAGCACCAUUGAUCCCCCUGCGGCUGAGCAUGAACCAGGCAGCGUCCUGGCCACUGAGGCUGGACUCGGCCAAAACUCUAACAAUAACAUGGCUCCUCCAGAAGCCGUAGCUUCCACUGCUAGCAUUACUUUUCCUGGCGUCGCAUCUACUGGCACAUCCUCACCACCUCCCUCAACUGGGAGGGUUUCCCCUCCACCUACAUCCACUCAGUCCCAAACUCCAGCUCCUGUCACCAGUGAUCCCAGUCCACCUUCUCAGUCAUCCCAUGAAGCAGCCCCCUCACAGCUUCCACCAGCUGCCAACAUCCCACCAGCAGCUUCCACCAUUUCCUCCCCAUCAGUGCAGAUCUCCGUCCCCGCAGUACCCGGGCCUCAGCAGAGCAGUAAUUCUGUCUCUGUCUCUCCUGUUGUGAGUGUUGGAUCCAGUGGUUCUGGCACUGGUACUAGCACGGUCCCCGCUUCAGAGCAGCAGCCUUUAAAUGGUGCUGUUCCGUCCUCUCAGCCUGUGAAUUCGUCCAUCCAUCCACCACAGCACACAACCUCCCAGUCUCAGCCUGUCCCGAUUUCUGCUCAGCCCCCUGUUCCCACCUCGUUACCCAGUCAGAGCCAAGUCCAGCCACUGCCAGUGGAGUCAGAAGACAAGACCGCUGGCAGAGAUGAUAUCCAGGCUCUAGAUAAGAAGCUACGGUCCCUCUUUAAAGAUCAGAGCUCUGCAUCAGUGGAUCAGAACACAGGCACUUCUUCUCCUCCCACUGGGACUUCUUCUCCUCCACCCGGAGCUGCCCUGGUGCCCCCAUCUAACCUUCCCCUCACUACCGGUGUGCAGGCUGUCCUGGGCACAACAACCACCCCAGGACAGGGUAUUACCCCGGCAGGACAGACCCCUCCAACCAAGCCUCGGGCACAGACUUUACCUACUGGUUUUGAUCAAACUGCUACGCCUCCCUCUGAACUUGUGCCCCCAUUUCCUGGACCAAAUCAGUUAAAGCAACCUCUGGGUAGUUUGGAUGCCCAGUUGAGGAGAGCUCUGAGCCCAGAGACGGUUCAGGAAGAAAAUAGAGUCCAGCCUCCAGCAGCAGGUUUCACUCUGGGACGUUUCCAAGUGUCUGUUGCUACUGAUGGUGUGUCCAGCAGCGUUCCAGAUCCCUCGAGCAUCGUUUCCUCUUCUUCCCUCACGCCGUCUUCUAGCUCCUCCUCCUCUUCUUCCUCCUCCCCCUCAAGUCCAGAAAAUACCCUCCACCGGUCAUCUUCUCUGUCCAAAGGAUUUUGUGAGGCUGACUCUAUAAAUGGAGCACCCUCUCUCCCUGCUGCCCCUGCUGGUCAGCCGACCACUAUUGGGCGCUUCCAAGUGUCCACGAGCGCCAACGCCACAUCUGGGCCAACCACUGGCUCUAAAGUGGGGCGCUUUUCCGUAACAGUGACCCCAGCUCCAGCAGCAGGAUCCAGUCCAACACAUGGUUCCAGUAUGCAGAAUGGGCCCUCAUCCUCAACGUCUGACCCUCAUAAUGCACACACCCAUUACAGUAGUGACAAUGACGACGACUCUGAGACUGAGGAUGAGGCUUUGCAGAAAGAAAUCAGCCGUCUUAGAGAGAAACAUAUGACGGAGAUCCAGACAUUGCAGAGUCGUCAGAAAGAGGAGAUAGAGGCCCUGUUCACGCAGAUGGGAAAACCUCCUCCUACUGCUAUCUUCUCCCCGGCUGUGGCAAUGGCUGGAGGUCGACGAAGGCUAAAAAGCAAGAGCCACAAAUCUACUCGCAGUAGUGGACAACCCAGUCCCAAAAACUCUGGAUCCCCAGCCUCAGCUCAGAGUCUUCAUGGUUCAGAGUCUCCUCCAAAGCAAAGUUCACCCUCAGCAACAGAGGCCUCAGAAACAACAGAGGCAUCACAAGCCCUUAACAGGUCAUCCAUAAAGCAGCUUAGAGCCUCUCCAUCCAUGCCCAGCCUCAGUAGUUGCUCCACAGGAUCAAGUGGGACCAGCUCCUCAAAUGGUUCAGGCCACUGCCAGAACCAAUCUACUACUUUGACCCAGGCAACUGGACCCACUCCUCUUUCCUCCCACACACAGAAGGGCAAGGGCACCUUCACUGAUGACCUGCACCAACUGGUGGAUAACUGGGCCAGGGACGCCAUCAGCCACUCCCAGUGCAAGAAAGGACCUAAAACCGGAGCACUAGUGCCGCUGGGACAUGAUAUUAUCCCUCCAGCCAACAUGGGCCGGAAAUUCUCAGCUCCAGGCUUCCUCUGCCCAAUACUUCCCACGACUUCUAGCACCACAUCCACCACAUCGACUCAUCUCCCCAACCCAGCCAAUCCCUCUGUCCCUUUGGGGCCUCGUAAAGGCUCUCUGGGUCCAGCCGCACAGGGGUUUGGAUACACCUCAGCCUCAUACAGUGCUCCUCAGUGGGCAGGACCCACAGGUACAUGCCAGGUCAGCAUGCUCAACCCGGCACAGCCAAUAACGCAGUACCAGCCGCCUGCGACAGCCACAGGCUAUCACAUGGGAACCACGCCAGCCAGCCAGAGUUCAGUCAGCCCCGGAGGGUCCAACCUGAGGCCUACGUAGCCCAGUUGUAGCCCUAGUCCACGCUUAGACGGAGGACCGCACAGGGCAGACAGUUGUUGAACGAGAACCACUAGCUCGCUUUGCAGUCGGCUGGAAAACUGGCUGGAUAUAGUGCUUUUUUUAUUUUUAUUUCAACUUUUAUUAUUAGGUGUUUCGUUUCUGUAAAAGAGUUGACCUGUGUGGUUCACGUCCUCUCAGGCAGAAAGAAAUCUGUCCGGCAAUUGGAGGGAGAGUGCAAUACACAUCCACAGCACAAGAGUCUCACACUUAGCCUGCCAUUGGCUGUGGAAUUGAUCUGUGACGAGUCGGUGGGGCGUGUCUGGUGAUGUAAUGACCCAAAGGCGUAACCAACAGCAGCCAAAGAUGUCUCUUGAAAGCAGACGUUGCAAUGUCGUCAUUCCUUUGAAGAGGAGAAGGUAGGAAGGAUUCUGGUUCACAUCCUUGCUAGUCCUGACUUUAAGCCCUGCUGGGACCGAAGACGGUUGAACUUAUCAUCACAUAUAUACACACACACACGUGUGUGUCAACACGCACCUGACUAAACAUAAACCUGGUUGAGUGACUUGGGAUAGUGGUAAAGUAAUCUCAGAGAGUGAGAGGGGGAGCUGCACAGAAAGUGGGAAAUAAGAGAGGUACAGUUAGUUUUGUCCUACGCGGAUUAGCAAAGUGUGACUGGUUGAGUUCGGAGAAGAAAGACAUCGUAAGUUAGGCAGAGUGUAAUGGAUAGGUUCGCAGUAUGAAUACAUCCCAAUCGCUACCUAUUAAGUUAAAUGCAAUAAUGGCAAAGAGUAGAAAACUGUCCCUUGUAACUGUGGCCUUAAUCCCCAAACACAUUUAAAUAUUGACUUUGUACAUAGAUAUUUCUUCACUGGGUUAUGAUUCCAUGUUUUGCAUAUUUAUGUCCCUUUUGAGUCUGGUGACAUUGUGAUUUAAGUUGUCCAUCCAUACAGAUUUAUUAUACAGAUUUAUUCUCCACUUCUGGGAUGUAAACCAGUGGAUCUGCCACAUAAAGGAGCAUUGUCCUGGUGUUGACCACCAUUCACAGUGUAAAACUUAAGAGAUGAUGCUGCUGUAAAUCACAUUCUGGUUCUGGGUGUUGCAGGGUGUUUUUUUCUUUUGUUUUAUUUUAACGCAAGAAUGAAAUAAGAAACCCAAAUUGACACAUGAAAUAACUUCACUGAGAGCUGAAAUGAGCCCUUUAAAAUCUGCUUAUAUCCUAAAACAAUAACUCUGGUUUAUUGCAAUAGUAUUUAUGGAAGGUUUCAGUCCCUGAGGGGAUGCAGCCUCCCCACUUCUCCCAGUUGUUUACACGGAUGGUGCCCAGUACACAGAUGAACAGGUUGUUAGUGAAGUCAUGUCCUAUUAAAUAUCUCCACUCAUGACAUUUAGCCGUCACCUCUCAAAUCACCAGUGUUUUGGGGUUCUUUCUUUCUGUGGUCUGUUUUUGUAUGCGUAUAUUUAAUAAAACAAAUGUUCUUUAUGGACCUGUAUUCAGCCAUCAGAUUUUGAUGUUGUUUCACUGUAAUUAUUAUUAAAGGUUGUUAAACAACAUGUAGUUAAAGGAAUAUAAAAAGUGCAAUUGCAGGGUUGUUGAUGGUAUCCUACUUACCACGCAGGAGUAAUCCUGUGGUUUAUUAAGCUCUUCUCUAUGACUGCCCUGCCCCCCUUUCUAUUUUAUUGUAUAUAUGUUAAUGUGAGGUAAAUGCUUUCACGUAAUGCUCCGUCACUAGAGUAUGCUUGUGGUGACCCACUCUUCGUGCACAUGCACUCUAACCUGUAAACAUGAGGAACACUUUAGUGCCUUGCAUCCUCACUAAUGACAAGUUCCAGAUUCAUCUAGUCCUGUAGCUGUGACUGUACUGCAGAAACCCAAUGAACUAAACCUGAACAAGACGUUAACACACAACAGGCGGCUGCAUAACUGUUGCACGGCCAGCUCAGCGUAUAUGUAACACUGAAACAUUAGAGACGCCACACAGGACUGCGGAACAAAGAGCACACUGGGUAAUUUGGAAGCGUUUCUGUUCUCUCAUCAGUUCUAUUUGUGAUGGUUGUUUAUUCAGCUGUGUGUUUAUAUUUGGCUGUUUUAUUAUUUGGUUUCUGUGGAUUUAUCAUUAAAGCCUUUGGUUAUUAUGCAUCCCACUGCUGUUCUUGGCAAGACCCGCCCUACUUAGCAUUCAAGCGCUAGAAUUGGCCAGGCGUCCAUGAUCGCCGAGUUACCGGUAACGCCGAUGUGUUCAGGUCCUAUCCCCUGACCAAUAGGCUAUCCAGAUCCGUACUACUCAAGGCCGAUGCCUGACAUUAACUUAUCGUCUCUGACUCGACCAGCUACGCAGGGCGGACCUUUCCAAGAAAUGGGGUGUGAUUCAUAAUGACACUUCAUAGACGCGCUUGUUCAGGCAGCGAGUGAGCUGCAUAAAGGUUUAAACGCUGUCAUGCUGGCUCAACUUUUGUUUCACCACCUCACACGAGUGCCAUGCUGUCAUCGUGACUCUUUCGCCUGCUCGUAGAUUGGAUGAAUAGUUAAAAGUUCUCUAGAGAAAAAAUAAGUUACUGCAAUGCAGAAUAUGCAAUGUUUGAAGGGACUGAGGGGUAACUGAAACAUUUGCAUGCUGAUGAGGGUUGUUACCUACUUCAAUGUUUUUGAUAUAUUGGAAUAUUAGAGAUCCUAUUUUUUUUUUUUAUUCUUUGCCUUCCUGAGAGUGAUCAUUAGUGUUGAUCCGUUUAAUUGUCAUUCACCAAUAUCACAACUUCAAUAUCAAACUAUCAGCUUAUGAUUUCUGCAUGCCAGCUUCACAGGUGUUUAAUCUUACAAUGACAACCAAGUCACAACUGGCUACUGUACAGCACAAGGUCACGUCAAAGCUUUUAGGUCCAUAUGCUACUUUGCUUUCAUCAGUAAUUAUCACAGCCCUCUACAAUACUGUUUGAGGCUACUGACGUGCAGUCGUAUCUGUGGAGCUCUUAUUUCUGAUCCCUCCUUACUGACCUGUGAUUCAGUGUCUGUUUUGUGUAUGUUUUUCACAUUGUACAAAAUGUAAAAACAAAUAAAAAUAUCAAUUAAAGCACUUGUCUUGCUUAUUGAGUGAUCUUUUUAAUAACCAAAAUUGACUAAUUUGUCUCUAAUGCUUAAACUAAAAUUUUUCAUCUUUUAUUUUAAGGCCUUGAAAAUGUAAGGCCUAUAAGAAACUUAACUCUGACUUACUUAACAUCAAAUGUAAUAUAUGAUAAAAAUAAGCACCUAUCAAAGAUCAUAAAAC